ACAGACGGGUUCAGGUGCUGGAGGUGGACGCUCUGGACAAAGCGAGUAGCAACCAUGGGUGUGGAGAAAAUGGAAAUGGAAGACUUGGCAGAUUCCACUCUUCUGAAGAAGACUAAUAAGGAACCAUCGGGGUCCAAGCCUCAGAACAAGUAUGAGAGUUUGUUCCAGCCCUGCCUGGCUGAAAUUGUGGGGACCAUGUUCUUUGUUUUCAUCGGCUGCGUGUCCGUCAUCGAGAACGUCCCUGCAGCUGGACGCCUGCAGCCGGCUCUGGUGCAUGGCCUGGCUGUGGCUGUGCUGGUGGCUGUCAUGGAUAAAAUCAGUGGCUCYCACUUCAACCCUCCCUUCACCAUUGCUAUCUACCUGUGUGGAGGCAUGGAGCUGAUGAUGGUGGGGCCCUACCUUGUGAGCCAAUUAAUUGGAGGAGUGCUUGGAGCUGGAAUGGCUAAGAUAAUGACCCCUGAACAGCGCUACAACAACGCAACUGGAGCAGCGUUUGACAUCGUCACGUCAGAGAGCCAGCUGUACGGGGCUAUUUUUGGAGAGGUGGUGAUGACCUGCCUGGUAACCACGGUGGUGCUGUUGGCGGCAGUCAAUGGCAAGACGAAGACGCCGCUCGCCCCGUUUCUGGUGGGCUGUACUGUCACGGUUAACAUCUUGGCAGGUGGUGACAUAUCAGGAACGUGUCUCAAUCCUGCGAGGGCUUUCGGUCCAGCUGUGCUCACCAACUACUGGACCUACCACUGGGUGUACUGGGUCGGACCCAUCGCAGGAGGACUGGUGGCUGCUGCUUUGGUCAGGCUCUUCCUUGGAGAUAAGAAGUUACGAGUCAUUAUGAAAUCCUGACAACCAGGUUUACGGUCAGAGAGGUGACAAUGAAGCUGUAAACAUUUAUCACUUUGUACGUUUUGGUGUUUUAUUUGUUUUGUUUUGGUAUUUGUUGGAUUUCUUUCCCCCAAAAAGUAUAAAAUAAGCUGUAAAAUCCUACUCUGUUGUCGUUUUAUAAAGACAAUAAAAUGUUUUUCUGCA